AUGGUUACUGCCCCCCCUCGAGCACCACCAGCAGCUGCAGCAACAGCAAGCAGACCGACUGCCCGAAUGCAUGUGCACUCGGGCACACCAGCGAAACUGCAGAGUCCUACCUCCUCUACCUGCUGCUUCCUGCACUGCUGCCGCCGCCUCCGAGUUUCUCGCCGAAAGAAGGGACAGAAAAUGGAGCUUGGAGAUCGAGGACGAGAGGCAGAGGGAGAUCUUUCCCACGAACUGGAGGCAGGCAAGAAGAAGCUGGGAAGAGUGAUUCACUUUGCGAGCGGAGAGACGAUGGUUGAGAGUAGCAGUGAGGAGGAGAUGGAAGAGGAGCAGGAGCAGCUGGUGCAACGAACUGACCCUUCUACACUCCCCUGGAGGCACUUCCUGUGGUUCUGGGUGAUACACUUUGCCAGAAGAUCAUUAUUCACCUGUGACUUUCUUGGAGGGAAGCUGGCUGACUUGUUUGGACUGACGACAGCCAAGUACCAGUAUGCUGUGGAUGAAUUCUUCAGUGUUCAAGACCAGAAAGAAGAUGAAGAUGGAGAAGAGAUCACAGAAAUGGAGGAGGUGGAAUGUUAUGAGAGGAAGCAUCUCCCCCUCCAGACAUCUGAAUAUGGGACUUUACAUACAGCAGAGUGCCCAGGAAUCAACAGCAAAGCUGAAUGCAAGCACCAAGUAUCAUACAGCAAUGAAGUACCGGGAGACAACUAACCCCAUCGGGAUCUAAAUCUCCUCAUGUAUAAUUUCCUCCCUUGCCAAUUGUUGCAACUCUUGAAAAGAGAUUGACAUGAGUUCAUAAACCGGGACAAAAAGUAUCCUCUGUUUGUGCCUCCUCUCCUAUAGGGGAUGAUCUCACAAGUUAUAUAUGCACCCGUCACUGCCAACCAUCCUGUAGCAGAGUCAUGUGGCAGCAUAGUGGUCAAGACCCAGUCAUCAACACAAAAUGUUGACUCUGCUUCCCUCCUGGCAGAUUCUGCCUGAUCUACUGACUACUUUCUGCACUAUUUUGUUAUUGGAAUUCUAGCGCCUGGAAUUGGUAGAAUUUAAAUCCUGUCAUGACAACUGAAUCAUUAAGGAUCAUUCAAAGUGACGAUGAAA